AGUCAGGGGCGGCAAACAGGUGGCUGUUGAAGUUGACAAACUUUCUCUCUCCACUCUCCCAUUCAUCAUAUCUGGAAACGAACAGAAGGACACUGCAGACCUGCCAAUGACUGCUAACCUGUGCUCUGAAGUUUACACCUGUAAUUAAUGCAGUCCACACAUCUGAGAAAUGUACCCUCCAGUCUUAUGACACCAUGUCAUAGCUGCUAACUACAUCAUACUGAGAACAAAGGAGCGCUCUACCAGUGUGUGAGAAUGGCUAUGUACGAGGUGCAGUACGGCGAUGCGGAGCCGACCGCUGAGGACAUCCAGGACAUGAUGGUCCAGAAAGCCCACGAACUGUUUAGCGUCUGCGACACAGAGAAGAAGGGCUUCAUCACAAAGCGGGACAUGCAGCGUCUGCAGCAGGAACUCCCCCUACAGCCCGAACAGUUGGAGGCAGUGUUCGAUGCCCUGGACGAUGACAAAAAUGGCUACCUCACUUUAGAAGAGUUCACAGAAGGAUUUGGGAGUUUCCUGGGCUUGUCCACAUCAGAAGUGGCCACAUCUAUGGAGAGUGGGGGGAGUGCAGAGAGGAUUUACGAGGGUGACGAUGUGGAUGAUGUGGAAGAGGAGCUACACUUUAAGGAGAUGAUGUCAAACACUGGUGCUAAGGAUCUUUUUGAUGAUGAGAACACGAUAAAGGGGAUGUGGGCCAGACUAAGGAAGGAUGAACCAGAGCUGAUGUCAAACUUUGAGAUUUUCUUGAGCCGAGUGUCCAGGGAAAUAAAACAGUCACAAGCAGAUUUCAGCACGCUAGAAUCCGCUUUAAGAAGCAAGAGCACAGCGCACGACGAGGAAGUUCAGAAACUGUACGAGGAAAUGGAGUCGCAGAUCAAACAGGAAAAGGAAAAGAUUCUGUUGGAGGAGAAAGCCAAGGAGAAGCAGCUUCGGGAUGAGAUGGAGCGGGAACUGCGUGAGAAGGACCAGCAGCUUCAGGAGUUACUCCGUGGACACCAAGUCAUGGAGCGACAAAUGUCAGACCUGAAUGUCGUCGAGGUGGAAACAAAACAGGAAAACGAUCGACUCCUCAGGGAGAAGGAGGAGCUGGAGGAGAAGUUGAUGGUGUCACAGAGAAACCUUGAGGAGUCCCGCAUGUACAUAAACCAGCUGCGACAACAACAGCGAGAGGAGAAGCGUGAAAGAGCCAAAGCUGCUAUAAACAUGACUGAGGGAAUAGCUAUGGAGAGAGAGAGUUUGGUGAAGCAACUGGAUGUACUAAGAGAUAUGAACAAAAAGUUACGAGAUGACAAAGACAUAGCGGAGGCUUCUCAGAUGCAUAAUUUGACCCAAAGCCAUUAUUACCACCCUAAUAAGGCCAUGGAACCAGCCCCCGAUCUAGGGGAUCUGCCAAACGACGCAGCCUCAGAGAAGAGCUCGCAUUCAGGGGCCACAACCCCAGGCAGAGGGCUAAGCAAAGGCUCAAGAAAGAAGGAACUUAUCAAGCAGGGUUCAGUACUCAGUAACUAUUUUAACAGUGGAUCUGCCAGACAGUCCCUGGAUUCCAAACAUUCGCCAUUUGAAGAGGAAGUAGACGGUGCUGAUGAAGAAGUGCGAGCAUUAAUGGAUAGAUCUGACCCCAUAUUGACGGGGUCACGUGAUUAUGAUUUUGAUGAUGACGAAGACUUUGAUAUUGAAUGUGACGAUGAUCUAAUACAGGAAAACCUAUCAGGUCAAGGGAGUUUUCACAGCAGUUUCUUACCAUCAAAUGAUGGGAAUUUAUCACUUCAAAAUGUGGAGGCUCUUGAAGUUGAUCCGCCUGAAUCCGGCAUCUUAUCUCGACUUAAUGGAGAAAAGAGACGGCAAAGUCGGGGUAACCGUGGUAGAACAGGGCAGGUGAAUGGUGAGGAUAUGACCAGCAGUGAAAAUGAAGGCCCAGACAAUAGCAAGGCCAGAGCAGAGAGGAGGUUAAGACGUCUAAGGAAGAGAACUCUGGCCACUCAAGGCAAAGAGAAUGACAUCUCUCUUACCCCAGAGCACAAGAGAAUAACACAAGAAGAUCACAUAGAAGCAGGCAUUCCCUUGUCCCCAAGGGUGCAGCCUGUGGGUGCUAAUGCAAGUACUGACCGCUCAGCCUCUCCCGCCCUGAAGGGCGUUCAGGAUCUGGAAUCCUCCACCCCAGAGAGAGUGUUCAAAGUGGUCUUUGUAGGAGACUCAGGAGUGGGCAAGAGCAGCUUUAUACAUCGCUUCUGUAACAACAAUUUUAAGGCAACAUUCAGUGCAACAAUAGGUGUUGAUUUCCAGGUGAGGAACCUGGUGGUGGAGGGUCAAGUGGUGGCUCUGCAGCUCUGGGACACAGCAGGGCAGGAGAGAUUCAGGGGGAUUACAAAACAGUACUUCAGGAAGGCAGACGGUGUGUUAAUCAUGUACGAUGUCACAUCAGAGACGUCAUUCAUGAGCGUGCGUAACUGGAUGCAGAGUGUGCACGACGGUGCUGAGGACGGAACAGUGCUGGUCAUUGUGGGCAACAAGACAGACCUCCUGGAGGAUGACACGCACUGUGUCGUGAAGAAAAAGGAUGGACUCAAACUGGCCGAUGAAUAUGGUGCUUUUUUCUAUGAGACCAGUGCUAAAUCUGGGGACAAUGUGAAAGAAACGUUGGAGGCUAUGGCUGGAAUGCUGAAAGAUAAAGAGGACCGGGAAAUUGAAAAUGCUCUCAAGUUAGAAGAUGCUCCAAAAAAGAAAGGAUGUUGCUCUUAAAAGAAAUAUUUGCAUAGGCUGUGUCUGUUAUUCCAGGUUACCCUGAUGAAGACCCUUCAGAUUUCCAGUGUAUAUUUUGACUUGUCUGUAUAUUGACGCUUGAUGAAUACAGAUGUAUUAAUAUUGUGUAAUAGCAGCAAGCUUUGUCUCUUGGGUGUAUCAAUAGCGCUAAAACAUAAAAAAAUGUAAAUGCCAAGUUUAGGCAAGCUAGCGUCAACUUCAUGUUUCUAGCUGGUGAAGGCAGAACUAAGAUCUCGUUAUUAUAAAAUUACAUUCCAGAUAUGUUAAGUGCAAUUGUUGGGUUGUUUUAGGAUGAAUAUAUACAGCAUGCAGGAUUUUUUACUAAUGUUGAAGCUUGAUGUCAUAAAUGUAAAAUAUUUUUCUUUUAUUCUUACCACUUUGUGUCUUACCUAAUGCAAAUGAGUUUAAUUGUUUUACAAGACUGAGAUGUUCUAGAUUUAUUUAAAUGUUUACUUGUACAUGACAUAUCUUAACAACAUUAUAGCAAAGUUUUAGCCCAUUCUUUUGUAUCAGUGUGCUACAAGAGCUGGCUCCUGUCUGUGUCCUGGGGAUUUUUAUCAUUUGUUUGGUAUGUGUCUUUGUUCAUAAUUUUAUGUGAUGAACGUGUAAUUUUUAAUUUGAGCAAAUGUUAAAAGUAAAAUCCUGGUAAGAGAUCUUUGCUGAGGAGUUGAGUACAUGUAGCUGUGAUUGGCAGCUACAAUCCCUGAGCUGUCGUGGAGGAUAACCUAACUCGUCCUGUCAGAGUGUUUGGGGAAUUAGGAUUAUCGUACUAGACAGUUUUAGUAUCGGUUGAUCAUGUGACUUCUGUUUUAAUUAUACAUCUACAGGUAUACACAUUUGAUGUAAUGCAGGUCAUUUGAUUCAGGUUGAAUUCAGUUGUCUAUAAAUCACAAUGUCAUCAGAUUUAUUUUAUUUUAUAUAUUUUUAUUUAUUAACCGUACACAUUUUAACAUAUUUUAUUUUUUUCGUAUCACAGUAUUAUUUUACCUUAUGUUUUAAUUGUUUCAGGUACAUGUACUUACAUCAUACCUGAUCUUAUAUUUUAUGCAUUGAUCAACACAAAGAUAUGGUCUUCUGUAAAUAGUUUUCAUCAUGUAAGGUAUCAAGUAGUUUAGGACAUUGUUUCAGUAGUUAUGGUCAUGGUGUGUUCAUAACAAAACACAUGGUGAUAUGUUUUGCGAAACUGUUGCAUUUUCAGUAGUGUACAGUUUAGACAAGGUAUUUGGUAGUAGAGAUCAUGACUUCCCUUGUGAGCUUGCUGAACAUAUGAUCUAUAGUCAACGUAUCAGCAGUGCUUGUUUAAUGCACCAGGCAGCUCAUUCAGAUUCUCUGUUGUUGUGGUUAACAUUAAUGGACAGCAAGCCCUAUUUACUAGUUAAAUCUUCUCUUACUUUUAAAAUGUCUGUAAAACGUCUACCAUCUGCUGUUAUUCACUGAGUUUUGUAUUCAGAUCAUUUUUGACCUGGUUUUAGGUAAAUAUUUUGUGAUCAAUGGUAUUUGUAUUGCGAUCUGUACAGUCAGUAAGGUUUGAAUUUAGACGAAUUAUAUUUAUUCUUUCAGCACUAAGACCCCGAUUAUUUAGAAAUCUGAUAAUAUUGACUUGUGAGUUGCUCUGGCUGCUGGAAUUUCACAUCUUCACAGUUGUCCCUAAACACCACAGGCCACUAUUUUAUGAAUGCAAGUAUCUUACAAUGAGCACACCUUCAGGAUUUACUUGAUCAUCUGUUGAUUUGUCGAUAAUAUGCAUGGAGCACAGUGGGUGUUUAGAUUUGUCAAAGACAUCCUCUAUCUAGAAGCAUAGAGGGUGCUUAGAUUUGUCAAAGACAUCCCCUUUCUAGAAGCACAGUGGUUGCUUAGAUUUGUCAAAGACAUCGUCUAGAAGCACAGUGGGUGCUUAGAUUUGUGAAAGACAUCGUCUAGAAGCACAGUGGGUGCUUAGAUUUGUGAAAGACAUCGUCUAUCUAGAAGCACAGAGGGUGCUUAGAUUUGUGAAAGACAUCCUCGUUCUAGAAGCACAGCGGAUGUUUAGAUUUGUGAAAGACACCCUCUAUCUAGAAGCACAGUGGUUGCUUAGAUUUGUGAAAGACAUCGUCUAUCUAGAAGCACAGAGGGUGCUUAGAUUUGUGAAAGACAUCCUCGUUCUAGAAGCACAGCGGAUGCUUAGAUUUGUGAAAGACAUCCUCUAUCUAGAAGCACAGUGGAUGCUUAGAUUUGUGAAAGACAUCCUCUAUCUAGAAGCACAGAGGAUGCUUACAUCUUGUGAAAGACAUCCUCUAUCUAGAAGCACAGUGGAUGCUUACAUUUUGUGAAAGACAUCCUCUAUCUAGAAGCAUUGUGGGUGCUUAGAUUUGUGAAAGACAUCCUUUAUCCAGAAGCACUGUGGAUGCUUGGGCUUGUGAAAGAUGUCUUCAGUUUUCAAGCUGACUGGCCCAUUAGUCCCCUGUCAUAGCUAGCUACCUUAAUCAUUUUGUGUAUAAAAAAGCUUAUUAGCAUAUAUUUUGCUCUUUUUUUUACAUGGAUUGUUGUGGAUGGUUAAUUUACAAUUCCAUUGCUUUCGAGCAUUUUAUAUUCUGAACCACAAAUUCUCCAUGAAGACGGUAGAUUUGGUUGUACAUUAAACGUGAUGUUAUAAUUAGCAUAGAUAUAUGCACCAGAGGUCUCCUUACAUACAACUCACACAGCAAAUCUUUUCUUCUCAAUGUUCAGUUUUUCUCUUUAUGUUUUGAAGGAAGGUUUUAACACUCUUUAGGACUAAUUAUUUCAUUUGCUUUGUUGACUUGUGGUAUACCGCCCUAAUGUUACUGCUAGUCCUGUAUGCCAACAGAUCGUAGACAUUUAGCUACAGGUAACCUAUAUGUAUCCGUGCAAAAGGCGUUCCUUCCCAAAAUGCUUUAUUGUUGUGGUGACAUUAAGAUAAAUGUUAGAGGAGUACAGGAAACUCCAAGGGCUCUGAGUUUUUACAGAAAGAAUACUAUGUGGCCAUUCCACAUGCUUGCUUUAAACUGUUCAUAGAUUAAUUGCUAGCCUGUUUUGGGGAAGGAUGAAAUCCCUUGAUGUGUGUUCCCUGUAUGUUUUACAUUUAGCCUUGGUUUACGGUAAGCUUCCAUCCCACAUAAAACCAACUUGUUCACUUAUUUUUAGAGCAGCUACACAGAAGCCUUGUUGUCAGCUUGUCUGGUCCGGUUAGUCAAGUUUAUAUUGUCUUCCGUCUGCUGACAUAACAGACAUAUCAUUACAUGUAUAUUUAGACAAAGUUCUGCUUAUCUGUGAUUCAGACAAUAAGGUGAU